UCACCAUGGUAACUUCAGAUGAGUUAUGCUCAUAGUUUCUAGACAGAAAAGUUAUAUAAGAAGAGAGCUUGCUUCAAUUAUCUCACACAUUUUAAGUUUGCCAUCUCUUUUGACAGAUUAAAGUUUCAAACUCGGCUCUCAUAAGUGCCUUUAUGACUGAACUUGAACCUGAUACACCUGUAACUCAGUGUGAUUAUGAGCGCCUGCAAUUGUCAACCAAUCCAUAUUUGGAAAGGAAUGUGGAAUUUCUGAUUGAGUGCAUGGAUGACUUGUCAAUGGAGCAGCAAAAAUUCCAAUUUUACUAUCGGAACCUUUCCCGUCAACAAGCUCAGCAGCAAGCUUGGCUUCAAAAGAGGAGGGCUGAGAACAUGGCACGUAAAGCAGCUGGAGAAGAGCUAUUGCCUGAGGAGGAUCCUUCUAAUCCUGCCUUUAAGCCAAUCCCAGAACCCUCACGAUUGGACAGCUUCCUCAUAACUAAUCAAAUAGCAAACUACUGCAACCAGAUUAACGGUGUUGCUGGACAGAGCUUCAGUAGACUAUAUCUGAUGAAAGCUCUUCAUGACAACUGAGGAAAUCUAUGGAGUUAUAGCCCAAUUUUGUAUUUUUCAUCUUACGUCAGUUAUUUAAACACUUUUUGAGUUGAUAUAUGAAAAGAAUGAAUUCCUCAGUGUAUGUCUUAUUUUUUGAAGCAGUUACUAAUUCAUGAUCUGGCAUGUACAGAAUGAAAACUUCAUUCUCGAUUCUACGAGAAUUUUUAUGAAAGCCUUUCAUUUGCUUCUCUUCGAUGAAAGUUUGAUUUUCCCAGAAUGUAUCCUAAUUCUUCUUUUGACGAUCGAUUCAGUCUGCUUAUAACCUUCGCUCAUUAGUUCUUUCACUGUAGCCUACAAGAUGGAGGAAAUGAAAUUGUGUAUUUAUAAGUUCAUCAUUCUACUGUC